AUGUUGGGAUUGCUAAUUCUUCUACCUAUCAUUUCUGUGGAAUCGUUCUGGAUGACAGCCGAGCUGUUGCGGGUGGAUUGGAGGGAAGGUUGCCUAACUACCGCAGGUUGCUCUCAGCCCAGAUUUAAGGUGCUUGAAGACAUGUUGCCAAUCACCGAAAAGAUUUCUAUCAGUUGGCCUAUCUCAGAACACUUUGUACAGGAUGCCUCACUCUCGUUUGUGUCUCACUGGACAAAAGGUAAGCGAGAGGAUCUAAUGCUUACGUGCCAGGUGGUCGGAACUGACCCGACCUACGGCUUUCCACGAGUUUGCGACCAGACGGCGACGAUUCGCGUCUUCCAAGAAGAAGUUGCUGAGACAUUUAGCCGGAAUCGGCGUCAUCAGGACAUGACUACCAUCUCUGAGCCGGAAGAGGAGCUAGGCAAGAAGCUCAUAGAGAUUCGGGCCAAAUGCUUCAACGCCACGAUAGCUGUGCAGAAACAUACAGAAAGAUGUCCAUGGUGCCCGGAUCCUUCCGAUGUAACAAUAAUUGAACAAAGGAUCCCAGAAGACACUUCUGCCCAAUCGACUUCUAUUCUCUCACAGUUGAAAGGAGAUGAAAAGCUACUACAUAUAUGCAUUCUACUACUGGCAGGCAUUGCCGUGCUGGCUUCGUUGGCCUUUGCUUGUGUACUGGUUGCUUUCCUUCGACAAAAAAGGACUCAUAGAAAUAUUUCCAUUAAACCACGAUAUCAAUCAUAUCCUCCUACUUGCAAAGCGGCCGAGGACGAUAAUAGGUACGAUAUGCCCUGGGAACAGACUCGUUCGCUCACUUAUAAGCUCUCAUCAUCGUCGAAAUCAGAGGCUACAACCACAUCGCCGCUUGACUCGAUGUCGUCACUCCGCGGCUCUCCUCCAUUCGCCGCCCCAUAUAGCCUGCGAUCCGGAUGUACGAUACCGCAGACGCAGCUCUACCACCACUAUGAGAUGAUGUAUCACGACGCAGAUGCACUAUAG